UAAAGAAAGUAUACAUGAACACUGCUACAUUAAUUUGGUGUCUUAAAAUGGAUUUUAAAGUAUACUAGCAACAUCUGGGAUGAAGAAAUUUAACUAAACAAGAACAUUUUGAAAGAUGGAACGGUCAGUAAAUUAAUUUCAAUAUGGUGCAAUUCCCUAGUAAGGACUCUGAGCGCCGCUGUUGACCAACAGGGGAGAAAUGGAGCGAGAGAUCCGGCAAUACCAACGAGUUCUGCAGCACGGAGAAACAGCAGAUUGAGACAAGCCCUCUUCCACGCUGCUGCACCAAACUCAAGCCUCUGCCUUGCUGAAUUCUAGGCUCUCUCUGCUAAUUUAGAGAUCAGCGCGGAUAUAUCCAUAUUCAGAAUCCGGUCCGGAGAUCUCAGCGUCUGACCAGGAUCACCAGGACAAUGGCGGCUCAGCAGAGGGGCGGGGACUACAGAGGAUUCGUCCUGCUCUCCAUCCUUCUAGGGACCCGGUGGGAAGCCUGGGCAGAACGUAUGCUCUACUCCGUGUUGGAGGAGACGGACAAGGGCUCCUUCGUGGGCAACAUCGCCCAGGACCUGGGGCUGGAGCCCCCGGAGCUGGCGCAGCGCGGAGUCCGCAUCGUCUCCCGAGGUAGGACGCAGCUUUUCGCUCUGAACCCGCGAAGCGGCAGCUUGAUCACCGCGGGCAGGAUAGACCGGGAGGAGCUCUGCGCUCAGAGCGCGCGGUGUCUGGUGAGUUUUAACAUCUUGAUGGAAGAUAAAAUGAAUCUUUACCCCAUAGAAGUGGAAAUAAUGGAUGUUAACGACAAUGCUCCCAGAUUCUUGACGGAAGAAAUUAACGUAAAAAUAAUGGAGAAUACAGCGCCCGGCGUGCGUUUUCCAUUAAGCGAGGCUGGAGAUCCAGAUGUGGGCUCGAAUUCUCUCCAAAAAUACCAGCUCAGCCCCAAUCUCCACUUCUCCCUAGCUGUACAAAGUGGAGACGAUGGAAUUAAGUACCCGGAACUGGUGCUGGAGCGGGUGCUGGAUCGGGAGGAAGAGAUGGUUCACCACCUGGUCCUCACGGCCUAUGACGGCGGCAGCCCACCGCGGUCUGGCACCGCCCACAUCCAGGUCAUAGUGGUGGACGUGAAUGACCAUGCACCUGUCUUCUCUCAGCCCCAGUACCAGGCGACUAUCCCUGAGAAUGUACCUGUGGGCACAAGACUGCUCACGGUAAAUGCUGUCGACCUGGAUGAAGGAAUCAAUGGCGAGGUGACAUACUCUUUUCGGAAAAUAGCUCCAAAACUUUUACAAAUAUUCCACCUGAACUCUAUUACAGGAGAAUUAUCAACUCUAGAAGGCCUGGAUUAUGAAGAAUCCAGCUUCUAUGAAAUGGAAGUUCAGGCUCAGGAUGGCCCUGGUAGUCUGACCAAGGCGAAAGUACUGAUCACUGUUUUAGAUGUGAAUGACAAUGCUCCGGAAGUGACCAUAACGUCUGUAAGCAGCUCGAUCCCUGAAGACACACCUCCCGGGACAGUAAUUGCUCUUUUCUACCUCCAAGACAGAGACUCUGGGAAGAAUGGCGAAGUGACCUGCACUAUUCCAGAAAAUCUGCCUUUUAAAUUAGAAAGAUCAAUCGAUAAUUAUUAUCGAUUGGUCACAGCUAAAAAUCUAGACCGGGAAAAACUCUCUCUGUAUAACAUCACACUGAAAGCCACGGAUGGUGGAAGUCCUCCCCUGUCCACAGAAAUUCACAUCUCCAUGCAUGUGGCAGACACCAAUGACAACCCUCCAGCCUUCACUCACUCUUCCUACUCCAUCUAUGUCCCUGAGAACAACCCCAGAGGCGCCUCCAUCUUCUCCGUCACUGCGCAGGACCCUGACAGUGAUGAGAACGCCCAGGUCACUUAUUCCUUGGAAGAGGACACCAUCCAGGGGGCACCAGUGUCCUCUUACGUCUCCAUCAACUCUGACACUGGAGUCCUGUAUGCAUUGCGCUCCUUUGACUAUGAGCAGUUUCGUCACAUACAAUUAAGAGUAACUGCAUGUGAUAGUGGGGACCCUCAUCUCAGCAGCAACGUGUCACUGAGCCUGUUCGUGCUGGACCAGAAUGACAAUGCACCUGAGAUCUUGUAUCCUGCCCUCCCCACAGACGGCUCCACUGGCGUGGAGCUGGCACCUCGUUCUGCAGAGCCUGGCUACCUGGUGACCAAGGUGGUGGCAGUGGAUAAAGACUCUCCCUACCGCCUGCUCAAGGCCAGCGAGCCGGGACUCUUCGUGGUUGGACUGCACACGGGCGAGGUGCGCACAGCGCGGGCCCUGCUGGACAGAGACGCGCUCAAGCAGAGCCUGGUGGUGGCCGUCCAGGACCAUGGCCAGCCCCCUCUCUCCGCCACCAUAACGCUCACAGUGGCGGUGGCUGACAGUAUUCCCGACGUCCUGGCUGACCUGGGCAGCAUCAAGACCCCUGCUGAGCAAGACGAUUCAGACCUCACGCUGUACCUGGUGGUGGCUGUGGCUGUGGUCUCCUGCGUCUUUCUGGCUUUCGUGGUUGUGCUGCUGGCGCUCAGGCUGCGGCGCUGGCACAAGUCCCGCUUCCUCCAGGCUGCAGGUAGUGGACAGGUGCCGGCCUCACACUUCGUGGGCAUGGACGGGGUGCGGGCUUUUCUGCAGACCUAUUCCCACGAGGUCUCCCUCACCGCGGACUCCCGGAAGAGCCACCUGAUCUUCCCCCAGCCCAACUACGCGGACACGCUCAUCAGCCAGGAGAGCUGCGAGAAAAAGGAUUCUUUGUUAGCAUCCAUAGAUUUUCAUGAAUGUAAGGAUGAAACCCCAAGUAUUCAGGUGAGUCCAGGGAUAGCUUUAUAUUUAUUUCCACAAGGAAUUUUACUUUGUGAUAGAGUACUAUUUUGCAAAACAACAGCAUAGAAGCUUAAAUAACCUUUAAAGAGGCAAAAGUGAGUUUAGUGUUU